CAAUCCACUCCUUGGAAAAAGCUCUGAGAAAUCAGUUUCAUUUUUACAGUAAAAAUUCAGAUUCGAUUUUGAGAUUCUUAAGAGAAAGAUGCAUCUAUGGCCAUCGAUGAAGAUCAGAGAAUCAUUCACAGUAGAUAACCUCUGGAAAAUUAGAAAAGUGAAUAGUGAUAAAAAGAAUAAAGAAUCUACACUUAACAAGAAAUUACUAGACAAUGAAGUAAAUGGUCAAGACGAAGAAGGAGGAGUAUCUUCUUCAGAUAAUAAUGACAAGAACAAGUUCACUGGAUUCUUAACACAUCUCAAAGAUUUAAUUUGUAGCUGUUUUUGUGGUUAGCGAAUUCAAGGAAACACCAAUUUACACAACAAAUGACAACUCUCUAGCUGGUUGUCAUGGACAUGACACUAACCUCAUCAGAGCAACGAAUCUGGGGGUCUCAAACCUUGGAUGUGAUGAAAUUGAAUAUGUUAAUUUCAGAGACAUGAACUGACAUGCUUUUCGUGCCACUGUCAUUGUUGCUGGACGUGCCCACAACUACCUAGGGAUGUUCAGAAGAAUACGCAUACCUCAUGGACAUAUCCAUGCCAAAUGAAUAUCCAACCAACCAGCUAACUAUCCAACUACUUUCUUUGAUUACAUCCAUAUAUACCCUGACAAAAACAUGUAACUAGGCAGAUAAAAAUCAUCUUUUGAUACCCUCAUGAAACUUUGUUGACCUACCACAUUAAUAUUGACAACCACCAGGACCACCACCACAUCCAUAUAUCAACCAAAGUUCUCCAUCUCUCACACCAACCUAGAAAGAAAAAAAAAUCAAAAAAUGGUGCAACAUCAUCCAAUUGGAGAAGCAAAUGAGCAAAGUCCAUUCGGAUCUCUAUCUCCCACAGAAUUUUACACUAAACAUUCAGUAGCUCAUUCAUCAUCCUUCAUCACAAACUCAAGAGGCUUAAAACUCUUCACUCAAUCAUGGACACCACUUCCACCAACCAAGAUCAUCGGAAUCGUCGCCAUGGUUCAUGGAUUUACAGGUGAAUCCAGCUGGUUUGUUCAGCUCACAGCUAUUCACUUUGCAAAAUCUGGGUUUAUCACUUGUGCUAUUGAUCACCAAGGUCAUGGAUUCUCUGAUGGUCUUCAAUGUCACAUACCAGAUAUUAACCCAGUUGUUGAUGAUUGUAUCAGUUACUUCGAUUCAUUUAGGGCACAACAUUCACAGUCACUACCUUCGUUCAUUUUCGCUGAAUCGCUUGGCGGAGCGAUCGCGCUGUUGAUUCAUCUUCGCCGUGGUAAACCAUGGGAUGGGAUUGUUCUUAAUGGUGCUAUGUGUGGAAUUAGCCCCAAAUUUAAACCACCAUGGCCGUUGGAACAUUUCUUGUCUGUUGUAGCUUGGGUUGUUCCUACUUGGCAGGUAGUUCCGACUCGUGGAUCGAUACCGCUAGUGUCGUUCAAGGAGGAAUGGAAGAGGAAAUUGGCGGUGGCGAGUCCUCGGCGUAGUCAGGCGAGGCCUAGAGCAGCUACAGCAUUGGAGUUGCUAAGGGUUUGUAGAGAGGUGCAGGAAAGGUUUGGUGAAAUUGAAGUACCAUUGCUGAUUAUUCAUGGCGGAGAUGAUGUUGUGUGUGAUCCUGCUUGUGCAGAGGAAUUGCAUAAGAAAGCUGCUAGUAAGGAUAAGACAAUUAGGAUUUUUCCUGGUUUGUGGCAUCAGCUGGUAGGGGAGUCGCAGGAGGAUGUGGAUUUGGUUUUCAACGGUGUUAUCGAGUGGCUCCGUGAACGAGCUGAGCAAGUUGCUGCCACUGGUGGUGAUUAGAGACUCUAUCUUCUGAAUAAUUGCACUGUAAGAUGAACCUUUGGUAUAGUGGUGGUGGAGAUAAAGUGUGUAACAGUUUAGUGUUUAAGAAGAUGAAAUAUAGAUGCUUAAUGCCUGUUAUCUCUUUUUCUCUGACUAUGAACUGAUUCCUUAAAUUUGGAUAUAAUAGUCAUAGCAUUCUGUUAAGAAUCCGAUUGACACUGCAAAUGAAUUAUGGUAGCUGUUUACAUUUGUUUUUUGA